GUGCAUUGUGGGAAAUUUGUUUUUUUGCACACGUCACGAAAGUUCUUCCUUUUCCCGACAAGCUGCCAACAUGGGUCGUAUGCACGCACCGGGCAAGGGUAUUUCCGCCUCAGCCCUUCCAUACAGGAGAAGUGUUCCCACAUGGUUAAAAUUGACGUCAGAAGAUGUGAAAGAACAGAUAUUCAAAUUGGCAAAAAAAGGUCUUACCCCAUCACAGAUUGGUGUUAUCCUUCGGGAUUCCCAUGGUGUGGCACAGGUUAGAUUUGUUACAGGAAAUAAAAUUUUACGUAUUCUGAAAGCAAAGGGUCUGGCUCCCGAUCUACCCGAGGAUCUUUACCAUCUCAUCAAGAAGGCUGUAGCAGUACGUAAGCAUCUUGAAAGAAAUCGCAAGGACAGAGAUGCCAAAUUCCGUCUUAUCCUUAUUGAGAGCAAAAUCCACCGUCUUGCUCGUUACUACAAGCGCAAACAAGUGUUACCUCCUAACUGGAAGUACGAAUCAUCAACAGCCUCUGCACUGGUGGCAUAAAUUUCUUAUAAUGGUCACGUUCAUCUGAAGUGUAACUUUACCAGAAUUGAGAAAAUUAAAAAAAAGUGAUAAAAGCCA